AUGAUGUAUCCAGAGCCGUGGUGGAAGAAUAACUCUUAUGGUGUCGUUCCUCAAGCGGGAUCUUCUAGAAUCCCAUCAAAGUCAUCUUCUUUGGAAUGUCUGAAUGGUUCUGAAUGUCCGAUGAUGAGGAUGAUGAUGGUCCUAAGAAACUUUAUAGAUAUGAGUAGCAAGUAUUUGGAGAUCCAAGGAGUGAGCAAGCACAACGAAUUUCUUGCACGGUACAUGAUGAGGAAAGUGAAGCGAGAAUACUUGUGA